UACACCACACAGCAGUUUCAGUGCUGCAUCUGCCUGAUGUUUGUUCUAAUGCAAUUUUGUGCAGCAACAAGGCACUUAUGUAUAAUAGUGCAGCUGGUGUUGGUAUUCCACUUGAAUAGGUCUCAUGCUGCAGCUAUUAAUGACAGUAUAGCUACCAUUACUUCGUUCAUGAUCCAGAACCAUGCUCGGUCUUCAGUUGUUUUCACCUGUUGGAAGAAAGCAGAUAUCCUACAUCUGAAUGCAGCUUGCUCUGCUAAGGGCCUAUGUACACAGAUUCAUAUGCCAGACUCUGAUAUAGACAUGACUUUGUUGCUGCAGACCAGCUUUUGUCCAUUAGCUGUGAUCGUUGAUGUGCAGUGUGAAUGGAGCAGCCAGCUGCUGCAAACGGCAUCUAGUCAGAAGCUGUUCAGCAGACUGCGCUACUGGUUGCUCCUGUCACCAGAAGAGCUGCCACACUCAGUUCUGGAACCAUUAUAUUUGCCCCUAGACAGCCAUGUGACUGUGGCUUACAGAGUGCCUGGAGUAAACCAGACAGUUCUUCAGGAUCUGUAUCAUGUUGGAGUCGGCCGGUCUCUGACUGUCACCCCUCCUCGCUACUGGAACCCAGAACUACAGCUUCCUGCAGGACCCAAGCGAACCGACUAUGGAGAGAUCACUAUUCCAACUGUUACUGUGCUGGCAGAAGGCACAUGGAGAAAUUUCCUGGACUUGCAGUACAGACAUAUCAACUCAGACAGCAAGGUGCAUUUUGUGCUUAUGAGUCACAUUGCUACAAUGCUGAAUUUUAGAAUGGAACUUUGCCUCACAGACACUUGGGGCUAUCCCAUAAAUGGAUCAGAAUGUUUCAAUGGUGCAGUAGGAUUGCUACAGUGUGGUAACUGUGAGAUUGGUGCCACUGGGCUUCUUUUUAAAACAGAACGGUUGCCUGCUAUUGAUUAUGCUGGAGAAACAAUCCUCUUCAGGGGAGCCUUCAUGUUCCUGAAGCCUUCACUGUCCAGUGUGUCAGUGAUAUAUGAGUUGCCAUUCAGCACUUCAGUGUGGAUUACUUAUACCAUAACUGUGGCCAUACUGACAGCUGUGUUGGUGUUGACACGACGAAUAUAUCAGCAUGUAAAUCCAUCUUCAUCGGACUACUCUGUUGGGUGGGGCGAUAGCAUUAUGGACUCCUUGGCUAUUGUUUGCCAGCAAGAUGCUUUGCACAGCCCAAAGAACAUCUCAUCUAGAAUCGUUUUCAUCUUCAUGCUGAUCCUCGCUGUGUUUUUUAUUACAUCCUAUUCUGCAACUAUUGUAUCACUCUUGCAAACUUCAAGUGAUGCAAUCAACACACUACAGGAUCUCAUGAAGAGUCGUCUGAAACUCAGCAUGAUUGAUAUUUUUGUAAAUGAAACAACAGAUCCUGAAGUGACGAGGGUAUUUAAAGAGAAGUUAUACACUCAACCGUUUCGAGAAGCAUUUACUUCUGAAACUGUUGGAAUGGAGAAAAUACGAAGAGGAUUAUAUGCUUUCCAUGGACUUGCAGGAGCAUAUAAAUUUAUCAGCGAUACAUACAAAGAUCAUGAGAAAUGCAGAUUUAAAGAGAUACGAAUGUUUUCAUCUCUGCAUCUCUCAUUUACUGCAAGGAAGGGCUCACCUUACAUUCCACAUAUUAAGGAAAGGACUUGCUGGUUGCGAGAGGUUGGUCUGAUUGAUCGUGAAGGCAAACGUUGGUUCUACCAUAAACCUAAGUGUGAGACAGCAGGACAAAACUUCGUCAGUGUAGGCAUUCAGGAAUUUUACCCUGCACUUGUGGUACUGGCAUAUGGUAUUAUUGGUUCUGUUGGGGUUUUAGUAAUGGAGGUACUAUUCUCCAAGAGGAAACAAAUAAAUUGUGCUUUAGAUUCUACCAGCGAUGUCACAGUCAUUCACAGGGCUGGGGAAUAAGCAGCUAGACCACUGUGGUGUGUAAAGGUUUGAAGCUUUCAUCGCAAGUACAUAAAUACAAUGAAGCUUUCUUGGGCAAUAAUUUAGUACUGUAUCCCCUAGUAAAUUUUCAUUUGAUAUUCAUGAAAUUUAUGAAAAUAUUUCAUCACAAAAGUUAUUGUUUACAUCAUAAUUUUUCUUGGGGCACGAACAUUUAUAAUAAUAAUAUUAUACCAUUAACACAUUUGGGACCAAAAUAUUGAAGCUCCCCUGUAAAGUUAAACAUAUGUGGCACAAAAUUUAAAGUAAUAUUGAAGGAAAAUCUGUAACUCACACCUUGUACUGUUUUCAAGAAUUUAAUUAUAAGUGAUUAACAGAUGAUAAUCAUGUGUCUGAUUUUAAACAGUGUGUAUAUGUGAAGAUUCUUAUGUUGGAUAGUGAACUAAAUGUGUGGGACUUAUAUAUAUUCUAAUUGAUUUAGUAGUUUAUUUCACUAAUAAGACAUAAUGAGCAUGGUGUAAUUGUACCUGUUGCAAAGUGUGUUGCAUAAUAAGAAAUGAUUAAUAAUGUAAUAAUAUAUGUGAUUAUGGCUAUGGCAAUUUAUUUUCUUCUUGGUAUAUAUUCUGUAACAGUAUUGCAUUUGUAAUUUUUUUAAUGUAUCCUGACUGGGUUUAUAUCCUCCCUACUGGGAUCUAUAGAAUAUGUUUAUGUGUAUAUUUCAUUUCAUUUCAUUUCAUUUUAUUUUCCAUAUAUAUCCAUACAGGUUAACAAACCAGGACGUGGAAGUGGUCCUUUUGAAUACAGAUACAUCAACAUGCAUAUACAAAAUUGCACGAGUCAAUCAAACAAAGUCACUUACAUCAAUCUAUAAAUAUAAAUAAUAUUAUAAGAUAAAAGAAUUGAAUAAGAUUUCAG